UAUUAUCCCUCCUCUAGGCUACGCAUCCCACGCCCACUGCGCCUACUCCAGUCCCGUCCCGUCCCGCUCCGGUCCCCACCUCAACCACCGCCGCCAGCGCCCUGGGGAGCCGCCCCUCGAGCUCCCACAUCCGUCUGCGCUCGCUGGACUACGCGGCGAGCAUCCCGAGCUCCGGGUUGCCGGAGGCCGCGGGUUGCGGCGGCGGUUCGAGCGGAUCUGAGGCUGCCGGGUGGGAAUUCGGGUGAUAGCGGGCAGUUGGAGUCGGGUCGAGUUGGUUUGGCGAGUUUAGGCGGAUUUGUGCGGAGGAAGGAAUCUGGGGAGGAAGAGUUGGUUUGCGAGAGGAGAGGUUGGUGGGCGCUCGAGGUACAUGAGUCCUGGAGGUGUCUGCCGCGGCCGCCUCGUCGUCUUCGUCGGGAAGCGAUGAUCGAGCAGUUCGUUAAUUUCGUCAUCCGGCCGCCCCGUGCAGAGUACAAUCCGGAUCAGUAUCUAUGGGAACCAGAGUUCACUCUUGCAGGAAGGAAGUACAAACGGCUAGAUUUGGAGCUUACAAAUGAAAGAAGUCAGACCUUAAAAUGCAGCCACUACGUUCCUGCUGUUAUCCCAGAAAACACUGCCCUUCCCUGUGUAAUCUAUUGCCACGGAAAUAGUGGAUGCAGAGCAGAUGCAAAUGAAGCCGCUGUCAUACUCCUUCCUUCAAAUAUCACCCUUUUUGCACUUGACUUUGCAGGGUCAGGGCUAUCAGGUGGAGACUAUGUCAGCCUUGGUUGGCAUGAGAAGCAGGAUCUCAAAUGUGUGGUGUCCUUUUUGCGAAACAAUAAGCAAGUUUCUUGCAUAGGCCUUUGGGGACGUUCUAUGGGUGCUGUUACAAGCCUACUCUAUGGAGCAGAAGACCCCUCAAUUGCAGGCAUGGUUUUGGACAGUGCUUUCUCUAACUUAUAUGAGUUAAUGAUGGAGCUUGUAGAAGUUUACAAAAUACGGGUUCCUAAGUUCACGAUUAAGAUGGCUAUUCAGUACAUGCGACGUGUCAUUCAAAGAAGAGCUAAAUUUGACAUAAUGGAUCUUAAUGUUGCUCAGUUUGCUCCCAAGACGUUUAUUCCUGCAUUAUUUGGACAUGCAUCGAAUGAUAUGUUUGUUCAGCCACAUCACACUGAUCAUAUUCACCAGGCAUAUGCAGGGGAUAAAAAUUUAAUCAAAUUUGAUGGUGAUCACAAUUCCCCAAGGCCCCAAUUUUAUUAUGACUCUGUUUCAAUAUUCUUCUAUAACGUUCUCCACCCACCUCAGUUUCCUUCGGCAUGCUCAAAUAAGUUUGAUAAGUACUACAACCUUGGUGCUUUUAAGGCUGGUGCUGGUACCAACGAGAGUUUAUUGUAUGAGAUCAUCAAUGGUCUACGGUCAGCUGGCACUGAUGCAGGUAGUUCAUCAGCAGCUACAACUAAUUUGACAAAUGCUACAAAAUCAGUAGUUGAAUUGCUGACAGAGAGGGUAAAUCAGCUGUCUGUUAAAAAUGAUAAUGACUUGGAUUUCCUUUUGGAUGAAAAUCACAACCUCACUGAGAUGGACGGUAACACAGCUGAGGGUCAAUUAGAGGAUAAAGCAAAGAGACAAAAUGAGGAGUGCUGCUCAUAUACCAGCUCAAACAGAGAGAGCUGGGGAAGAUGUUCUUCCUUGGGCGCAGCUAGUGAUGGAUCAUCAUCAGGCGAGCGGCCAGGGGUAUCUAAUCAUAAGCAUAAGAGCAUGACACUAAGAGCUCUAGCGACACCACUAAGACGGAUACGAAGGAAACCUCUUACGAUCCCAAAGGAGAAGAAGAAUCGGUCCCUAUGGAAGAGGCUGAAAAAAGAGAGACAAGAGAUAGGGGAAAACUUAUCCCAGCGUCUCAGGCUGUGUCUCCAAGGCAAGGCUCAACACAAGAGAACCAAGUCGUCUUGACAAUUGUGAAUACACACUUUAACUCGGAUGGAUCUUCUAGGAACGCUGAUGAUUCACCAACAGAAAUGCACCACGAUUCUGACAUUUGGUGCCACCCAUGCUGUAUACAUUGGUUGAACAUUACUUGGAGUCUUCUGUCAGGCCAUGGAUGGCCCCAGCCAAUCUUCCAUAUUUGUUCCUUAUUUUUCCGCUUUGAUCCUGUAAAUUCCAUGAUUGUAGAGUUGUACUGUGUGACUCUGGUUGGGGAAGGGGCACGGGUGCAUUACUUUCAAGAUUUGUGUGUGCUUCGAAGGUCGAAUCGUAUCGACAGAACAUCUCAUUUCUUUGCAA